AUUGGAGAUUUUUUCACCCAGCGCUGACACUAAUGAAGCAAUCCGCAGAUGGGAUAUUGAACCAGUAGCUACUCCAACCGCUUUUCCAGUGCAAUAAAACAACAAGAACCAACCAAAGACAAGAACGACCGAAACCAAACCCUAUUCACCAAUAGAAAAGAACCAUUUUUGUUAAAUUAAAACAUACUAUCCAAUGGCUCAGCUCGGAAUUGGAAGGGCAAUCCUGGCGAUAUGUCAAUUAAAGCCCAUUCUAUAUUGUAAUCAAUUGCGCCAUUCCAAAACGAAACAACUUCAUGACAAAGUCGUUUUUCAAACUUGAUUUGUAAAUAUCAGUUGGGUUUUAAUUUGAACGUAAAGCCAAAUAAAUUAGAGGAAAAUAUAAAGAAUAUUAUAAUAAACCCGAUGCAUGGUAAGGAUAAAGAAACGAUUUUAAUCGUCACCCAAGCCAGGGACUCGUAUGGCGGCUCAAAAUCAUAAUUUCCACUGUUCACGGCCUAGCUUCGUUACUUUACCUUCGUGUCUUCUCAUACUCGUAUCUGUAUUAUUGCAAGCUGAUUUUGCAUUUUCUAUAGAUUACAACGAUUCGAACCUCUCGGCGUACGAUAGUACGACUCCAAAUACAACAAUAAAUUGGACGCUUUACGACACUAAUACAACACUAUUAAAGAAUUCACAUAUAAAACAUACUAAAUACUCCACGCUUGUAACUGUUCUUCUGACGGCUGUAUUUAUGAUAGUUAUCUUUGGAACAAUAGUAGGUAAUAUUUUAGUUUGCGUCGCCGUUUGCUUAGUACGAAAAUUGAGAAGGCCUAGCAACUAUUUAAUUGUAUCGCUAGCUGUAAGCGAUCUUUGUGUCGCGACCAUGGUGAUGCCAGUAGCUAUGGUUUAUGAUUUAAUGGGAUCGUGGCCGUUUGGACCUGUGGUUUGUGAUUUCUGGGUAUCCAGUGAUGUCUUGUCUUGUGCGGCGAGUAUAUUGAAUUUGUGUAUGAUAUCUGUUGAUCGAUAUUACGCAAUCACAAAGCCACUGGAAUACGGUGUGAAGAGAACGCCAAAACGUAUGCUCUUUUGCGUUUUUAUAGUAUGGAUGAGUGCUGCUUUUAUAUCGUUGCCGCCUGUUUUAAUUUUGGGCAAUGAGAAAACCGAAACCUCGUGUUCGGUGUCUCAAAACCAAGGAUAUCAAAUAUAUGCCACGUUUGGUUCCUUUUAUUUACCGUUAACAGUGAUGGUAGUUGUGUACUACAAAAUAUUUAGCGCAGCUCGAAAAAUAGUAAAGGAUGAAAGACGCGCGCAGUCGCACCUGGAAACGCAUUGUUAUUUGGAAAUAAAUGUAAAGAAUGGUGGUGCAGCUGAAGCGAAGCUGUUGGGGAGCCAGCCUGCCCAGCCGCCUCCUCCGACGCGAGGUUCAACUGCAAGUACGAACACAACGUGUAGUAUAGACAAAACUGAAAGUUCAAUAGGAAGAUACUUCACAGGACAACGAAAAUCAAACGAGUCGCAAUGUCCAAUGCUUCAACCAAAGACACCUACUAAACCUAUACACACAAUAAAUCGACCAAACUCGCAAAUGGGUCCCGUGCCGGAAAUUAAACACCCACCCAAAGAAAAUAGACGAAGGCAAUCUUCAGAGAGUAGUAACAAAUUAAAUACGAGUCGAAUUCGAUCAUCAUUAUCUAGUUUCGCUCAAAAAAGUCACUUUGCGAAGGAUCUCUUACAACCGACCCAUUCUCCGCACCAGAAAAAGCUACGUUUUCAGCUAGCUAAGGAACGUAAAGCGUCGACUACACUGGGUAUAAUUAUGUCAGCGUUUAUUAUUUGCUGGCUGCCGUUCUUUGUGCUCGCUCUGAUAAGACCGUUUGUUAACGAGGACACGAUUCCCGAUGCCGUAAGUGCGCUAUUCCUAUGGUUAGGCUACAUUAACAGCCUCCUCAACCCGAUAAUAUACGCAACCCUGAACAGGGAUUUCAGAAAGCCAUUCCAGGAAAUACUUUUCUUUAGAUGUUCAAAUUUGAACCACAUGAUGCGAGAGGAAUUCUAUCACAGCCAAUACGGAGGGCCUGAUCAGCAUUACUGUGUAAAUAACUCGUCUAGUAAACUCGCAAACUAUGAAGAGGGCGUAGAAAUAGUUUCCGCUGUGGAUAGGGAGGAAACAAGAGCGUCGGAAAGUUUUCUAUGAUUGUCAAUGCAAAAGGUCGAAUGUAGAGACCUGGAUACUGUGAUUUAAUAAAGACUUAUAAACCAGUGUGUUAUAGUGCUAACAUGAAUUAUACUUUUAGUAUAUAAUAACUGCAAAUAUAUAACAAACUAGUCGUGAACAUAUUUAAUAAAAUUCGCUUCCUUUCACAUAAUCUGUCCGAAGAACUUUUCGUGUAAAUAUAGAAGAUUAAUUUUAUUAUUAAUUUGUAGCAAAGUGUAGAUAAUUAUGUCUAUAGUAUUCUAUCAGUUACCUAAUCAAAGAUAUUUAUGUAAUAAAUUAAUUAGGAUAAUUUAUAUUUUGGAAUGACCAAAGAGUCCUUAGUCGUAUGUAGUUGAGAAUUUAUAAAAAAAAAAAGAAAUAAACUGUUGUGAAUUUAUUAAUCUUGGUAUUAUUUUGUAUUAUAAUGUUAUGGAUGUACUGACAAAUAAUUAUAGGAGCCAGUAUUACAUGUGAUAGUAGAAAUAGUCACUUCGUUUUGUUUAUUGUAUGUAGUGAAAUGUUUGCGUUAGUUUGUAUAACUUUUGCCCAUUUAGUAUACGAUUAAAAUUAUUUCAAUUUUU